AUGGAGGAAGAUCGCACCAGCUCGAGUUCGGACGAAUUUGAUUUUGGCGCUUUAGACAAUGAGAUUACAUUGAUUUCCGACUCAUUACGCCGCGAAACGAACGAAUCCAGUGGAGAAGACGGUGAUGUUGUAAGAGGUGUGAGGCGACGAAAAAUAAGAAUUAUAGAGAGCGACAGUGAAGCUGAGAGUGAUAUUGAAAGUGACGCUGUGGAAGGUGCAAGUAAUUCAACAUGGGUACUUUGCGAAGACUACAACGAAGUGCCGCCAAACGUACCAUUUAUACCUGGUCAAAACAUCACAGCAACACGGAUAGCUUCUAACACACAACAACCAAUAGAUUUUUUUAAACUGUUUUUCACCAAUGACCUUGUGAAAGAAAUUAUUCAGGAAACCAAUUUAUAUGCAAAGAGAAGACUGGAAGGAAAGACACUAUCUGCAAAUUCAAUUUGGCGAAGCUGGCGGGAUGUGACCCUCGAAGAGUUCUGGGCAUUUCUUGCUGUCAUCAUCAACAUGGGGACAAUGCCGUUGGCCAAUUUGCAAGAAUAUUGGUCGAAGAAUGCCGUUAGUUAUAUUCCUUUUUAUGCGGAUACAUUCACCAGAGAUAGAUUCAGCCAAAUCUUCUGGAUGCUUCAUCUAAAAUCCAUCCCAACAAGCAACACCAAUCCACGAACGCGCCUACAACGCGUAAAUUGUUUUCUGGAAUAUGUCAGCUCUAAGUUUUUGGACUAUUUCAUCCCGGGCGAACACAUAUGUGUGGACGAAUCAACGGUAAAAUUCAAGGGUCGAAUUUCAUUCAUAACAUAUAAUCCGAAAAAGCCGACAAAAUGGGGUAUCAGAGUUUAUGCUCUAGCUGACUCAAAAACUGGCUACAUUUGUUGCAUUUUGCCGUAUUAUGGAUCACUCACCACAGAGCUCUUGGUCAGACCCGAUUUACCAGUAUCAACACGAAUCCCGCUUCACUUAUACCAAAUGUCGUUGGAGAAAAUUCCAGGUGCUCAGGGGCACCAUAUGUACACAGACCGCUACUACACUAGUUAUAUCUUAGCUCAAGAAUUAUCCAAACUGAAUUGCCAUCUUACCGGAACAAUUUUGACAAACAGGAAAGAAUUGCCCAAAGAAAUAAAAAAGCCUAAUUUUUCGAAAAAACUCACGGUCGCGUAUCGACGAGGCAAGACGUUAGUUUUAGGGUGGAAAGACAAGAGGGUUGUCACCUGUUUAACUACGAGGGGUGACACAGGGAUGACGACGUUCAGAAGAAUUACUCGAGGUGGUGUCGAUAUCAUGGUCAAGAAACCCAAUGUGGUACUGAAUUAUAUAAAAUAUAUGGGUGGUGUUGAUCUGGCGGACCAAUAUGCGUCAACAUGUUGCUUUUUGCGAAAAUCGCUCAAAUGGUGGCAUAAGCUUUUUUUUGGGGGCAUGGAAAUUUCCCUCAUCAAUUCGUACAUUUUGUACAAACAAGAAAAGAUCAAGAAAGGGGAAAAGCCGCUGAGCCAUCGGCGGUAUGUCAAAACACUCGUGGAACAAUUGAGAGGACCGUAUCGCCAGCAACGACAGCAAGCAUCUACGUCACAUUCGGAUGAAAUCCGACUUAACGGGAAGCUCCACAUAAUGCUAAAAGGGCCAAAAAGGGACUGCAAAGUUUGUUCUGACCGUAGCACGCCUGGAGGUAGGCGAGGAGUCACGUAUUACUGCGAUACGUGUCCUGAGAAACCUAGGAUGCACCUAGGACACUGUUUUAUAAAAUAUCACACCAAAACUAAUUACAGAGUGUAA